GUCAGUUCUUCCUCUCCUCCGUCAGCGGCGGCACGAGCUCCGGUAGGUUCCCGCUCCUCUUCCUCCACCUGCAGGUUUCUGCUCUGCGCGCGCGCGCUCUCACCUGCCUGCAGCUUCACCUGUCUGCUCUCACCUGUCCGCUGAUACCUGCGCGCGGACAGGUGAGAGCAGACAGGUGCGCGCGCCGCUGCCGCUCCAGGUGCUGCUGAUGAAGGACGGAACCCCCCGCGAGAGGAAAGAGGACCGGAGACCGACCAGACAGGGUCCGGAACCAGAACCAGAACUCAGGAGGGGGACCGAGGAUGGAAAGAAGACCGGAUCUAACACACACGCACACACACACAGACACACGCAUUGUGUCUGUGUCUGUGUGCGUAUCUGUCUGUGUGUGUGUGUGUGUGUGUGUGUGUGUCUCUCUUUCGUGUUUUUUAGUAGUUUAUUGAUUUUUUCAUAUUAUUGAUGAUGUAAUAUUGUGAUCAAUAUUGAUUUUUGAUGAUCAGAUCUGCUCGAUUUUACCGCGUUAAAAAAAAAUAAAAGUUUAUUUUUGUCAUUUACUCUAAUUCUCUCUCUCUCUCUCUCUCUCUCUCUCUCUCUCUCUCUCUCUCUCUCUCUCUGUUUCAGACCGGGCGCUCGGGGACGCGGGGCGGCGGAGCGGAUCUCUAUUCCUCUCUCUCUCUCUCUCUCUCUCUCUCUCUCUCUCUCUCUCUCUCUCUCUGUCUGUCUCUCUAUCAAACAAACACACACACACACACUCACACACACACUCUCUCAGACGGACAGCCAUCAGAGCUGCAGAGUUUGACUUUCUCCCAAAGUUCCGUGAAGUGGUCACAGGGGGUCCAGGCGGGUCCCGGUUCUGGGAUUUACUGUGUUCGUUGAGGAGGAGCGGCAGGUCCGGAUCUUUGUCUCCAUGCGGACCGGACCGGACUGACAGAUCCAUGAAGCAGGAGAUCAUGGCGGAGGGUCCCCGCUGCAAGAGGCGCAAACAGGCCAACCCCCGCAGGAAACACGGUAAGAUCCGGCCCGGUCCGGGCUCCGCGGGUCCCCCCGGAUCCACUAAAGUUCUGCCCGGGACUCUGAGGAGGACCGGGCUUUAGGACCGGGCUCUGGGGGUUCGAGGGUGUCUGUGUUGGGACUCUGAUGGAUCCACGCGGGGCCGUGAAAGAGGACGAGGUCUGAGCGAAAACCGUUAUUCAGUCCGCGGGGCGGAGAGGACCUGUGGAUCCGAGCUCCGAGCUCUGAUCCCGGACUACCUCAGUCCGGGUCUGUCGGUCUGCGGGUCCGGGUCUGAGCCGGAGGGAGGAGGACUGCAUUAGACCGGACUUUAGUCUUCAUAUAUAAACAAACAUUUAAACAUAUAAAUUUAAACAAAGACGAGAUAAAGUUCAUUUUUAACGUGUUCAUUUGUAUUUAAUAUUUUUUUUGUUUGUUUUUUAAUUUAAAAUCAUUUUGACUGAAAAAUAUUUAAAAACUAAAAAAAGUCAUUUUCUGUUUUUUUUAUUUUAACGGAUUUUUCUCUGAAACAAAAACAUAAAAACAUGUUUUUAUUGAUUUUGACCGAAAACAGAAAUCAGAAUAAUCAAUAAUGUAAAUAAUUGAUCUGAUCGGAGGCUGAAUUCCUGAUUUGAUUUAGUUUGAUUAAAUUCUUUUAUUUCUGAAUAAAUUAAACAGAGAUAUAAAUUAAUUUAAACUCAGCUCUAAUUUAAAGCUUUAAAGGUGCAGUCCAUCAUUUUCAGAUGGAUUUAAAAUCCGUAAACACACUGAGGACGAACCUCUCUGAGCGUCUGAGUUUGAUCCGUAUCUGCUGCAAAAUGACGGAAAUGACGUGAAAAUACAAUUUAUAAUAAAACUACAUUUUAUCAUCAAUAACAAUUAUUUAAAAAAUAAUUAAAAUUCAUUAAAAUUAUUAAAAUUCAUGUUAAUACUUUAAGUUUUUUGAACGUCUCCGUCCUUCUUCCUGAAGUUUCCUCCUCUGGUCUCCGUGUCUUCGUGGUUUUCCUUCCUACGUGGAUUCAGCUCAGUCGCCUCCUCCUGGGGUCGGGUGUGUGUGUGUGUGUGUGUGUGUGUGUGUGAGUGUGUGUGUGUGUGUGUGUGUGUGUGUGUGUGAGUGUGUGGGGGGGGGGGGGGCAGAUUAGAGCCUGGUGUAACAGGAUCUCCACAGACUGAUCGGCCUGAGAGUGUCUGUCCGUCAUCCAGCUGUGAGUCUGCAGCUGUCAGAGACCAGAGACCCCGACCCAGGGAGACCCUCAGACCCCCAAACACAGAGACCAGAGACCUCCAAACACAGAGACCAGAGACCCAGACCCAGGGAGACCCUCAGACCCCCAAACACAGACCAGAGACCCACAAACACAGAGACCAGAGACCCAGACCCAGGGAGACCCUCAGACCCCCAAACACAGAGACCAGAGACCCCCAAACACAGAGACCAGAGACCCAGACCCAGGGAGACCCUCAGACCCCCAAACACAGAGACCAGAGACCCACAAACACAGAGACC